GCUUAUGGUAAUGUUGCUUUUGUGUUGUUUUUUGGUUGUGUAAAGGUUGUUAUUUUUUAACCAUGCUCUAAUUCCUUUUUAAUACCAUAUAUAAACAGAUGUCUUCAGAUGGAAUUGGUGGUGAUCCUUGUAAACAGAUUUCAGUUUCUGAAAAUGUUGAGGUUACGGAUCGUCGUCUUGUUUGUUUUGAGAUGGGUGCAACAGGUCUCAAUGUUGAUUCUAACAUUGAACUUGAAGAUGACCCAAUUCCCGUUGAAGAAACUCCUCUUGUUGACAAGAGGAAAUCUAAGAAACCCAUAGCGCUGACGUCUCCGUUUAUGGAGUAUGACUCUUCCAUUUCUAGUUCUAAAGAUGGUUCUGGUUAUGGAGUUGUUAAGUAUGUGGCUGGGUUGUGUCCUCUCGAUGAUAAGAUUGGUGAAGAUGUAGAACAUAAAGACGAGAUUGAUUUUGACUUGUGGCUUGGUGAAGGACGCCGAUCGAAGAAAGAUCCGCAUGAUAAGGAGAAGGUUUACUUGAAGGGUAAGGAUAAGAUUGUUCCCCCUUUUCGUUUUGGCGUGGAAGAUGUUGCAACCAAGAUGUGGUUCCACAAGCUUGCAUAUCCUGGCCAAUGUUUGACUAAUUCUCAUCUGGACAUCAUUUUUUACUAUCUACGUAAAAAAGGAAAGUAUGCAAAGGAGCCAAAGGUUAAGUUCACAACCACCGAUUGCUUAUUCUUCAAAACCAUUCAUGCUGCAGGUAGAAAAAUGUUAUGUGGUUCCCCUUGGCAUUUGUGCGAUCAUGUUUUCUUUAUCAUCCAUAUGGAGACUGAAUCACAUUGGAUUCUUGGUCGAUUGAAUAUUGAGGAAAGGCGUGUGUACAUGUACAACUCCUUGUCGAUCGCUAUGAAAGAUAGUCUUGCUAUCAAAGCUUGUCAGCCAUUUGCGGUGUUGUUGCCCCACUUUUUUGCUUUGUUUGAUGAGUUCAAAAAGGAAAACAAACCGGUUUGUUUAGACCCUUUCGAAGUUGUUAAGGUUGAUGGUUUGCCUCAACAAACCUCGAAGUAA